GCCAACACCUUAACCUCUAAGGCCACGGGAGCCCCCUUUAAGACUUUUCAUUGAUGUUAUGGUGAUCAUUUUGAUUUGGGAGCGAAUUUCGCGCUUUUAGUGCCUGAAAGAAAAUCUUUUAAUUAAUAAGAAUAGAUCUAGAAUUACAUCAGAAAGAGAGUUGUAAAAUUUUUAUGACAGUUGGGAGGCGGAAAGCGUUUGUUCAUGCAGGAGACACAGCGUUUUGAAGAGUGAGUUCGUAGGGAAACGACUCAACCGUGCAACCCCGGAAAGCGUCCGUGCACAGUACAAACCGCGCAGUCAUGGAACAGUCUUCGAUUGAUGGCUGACCUCUACCUUGAGAGUUGAAGCAGAACAGUCGACGAGUCCACCUCGUGCCGUGUCGGUCUGUGAGAAAAUCGGUGAGAGGUCACGGGGGGCAGUAAGCGUGCGUAGCGAAACCCGCGGCUAGGCCCAGUGUUUUGACUGGCUGCUGAACGACUCGACACGGAUGCGACACGGUGAGGUGUCGUGACUUCAAGGUCUCGGACACUUUUCAGAGUUCCCCGAAUAUUUUGUUUGCGAAUGAAUCGCAGAAAUUCACUGUGCAUGUGAAAGCCUGCAGAUUCACUGAGGGUUUUGUCUUGGCUUACACACACACGUUGUUCGUUCAUGUGCUUCUGUGCUGUGUAGGCUACGGGGUGUUGUCCCUUUGGAUUUCAUCGCAAUCAUCACGAUACAACGAUCGAAUUUGAAAUUUGCUGCUGCACUUACAAACUUCAUCAUCUGCUAAAAGGAAGGACGGCUGUUUAAGUGAGCUAAAGGGGAUCUGGUGGAGGAGAUCGGGAAUAGGCUGUGAGGAUGUCCGUCAUGUACCGCACCCUGACAGCAGAGGAAUCACAGGAUUUACGUUGGGAGCUUCAUUCCAGUUUACCAGGUUCUGCUAAGAUUUAUUAUGUGUUAUCGAACCAUAUGGACAACCUGUUGACUGGGUUUGAAGUUAUCGUAGACCAAUGGCCAAAUUGGACAUGCAUCAUGUUACGACCAAAGUCUUUUGAAUCGGUGCCUCGUUAUUUCCGCCAUUAUCACAUGUGCCAUACUAAGAGCACUAAAGACUUCAAGUUCUUCAUACAAAGACCUUGUGUUGUGGACUGGACAAAGCCAGCUAUAUUCACAGGUAUCCCAUAUGAUGUUGUGCCAGUGAUACAAGACAAAAGCAGAAAGGAGUAUGGGGAAGUGACGUCGGUCGAGCACAGGUUCAUGUAUGCAUGGACAAAAUCUGAUCCACCUGAACCAGCAGUUGCCCCUGAAGGUAUGCAACUGACAGAACUGAAGAAGGAGCAUGCAGAGAUGAUCCGUGACCAUUGGAAACAUUACCGUGCCAAUGACGGACUUGUGGAGUAUUUUCAGCAGGUCAUCGAGCAAUUUGAUAACAGCGCCAUCACCACCACGGAUGGUGAGCUAGUCGCAUACAUCUGUAUGCAGUACAAUGGCUCUAUGGCCAACCUGUUUGUUGACCCGGCCUAUCACACUGCUAACCUGGGUGUAUUACUCCUCCGAGACCUUACGCGGAAGCUGUUAGAAAAACACCAGACGGCCUAUGGCUUUAUCAAAACGAAAGACUCUGCUUUUAUCACCACAUGUCAGAACAUUGGCUUCUCAUGGGUGCCACAGGGAAGCAUGUCCUGGGUUAACCACAAACCCAGAGUCCCUGGCUCAAGAUCUCCCCUGGCCAAGGUGCCUUCCGCUAAUGGUCUGUCUACGUCUCAGGAGGAAAAAGACAAACAAGAUGGAGGGGACUCGGAGCUGGAAGUCAAAGAUUUGUUUCUGACUGCUCUGCCUUUGUCAUGCAACAAAUGCUCAGGUAUACCAGAGGAAAAAAGGAAGGGGGCCUGCAUCCAUGUAGGAACAAGUUGAGUGGUUCAGUUCCUUGGUAGUUGUGUGUUAGUGUGUAUUAUAGAAUCAACCUGUGAUGUGUAUAUUAUUCUGAGGAGUUGACUUCUGUUGUGAUGAUUAUCGCAAAGGCUUUGUUUCCCUGCUGUUGCAAUUAAGGAGGGCAAAAAUGAGCAAGAACAUUAGAGUCUAAUUGAUGGUUUCCAAAGUUAACAGAGAAAUUUUUCUGCUUAAUUUUUCUUUUUGUACUGUUGACAAUAUAGUGACUGUGCAAUGUUUUAGUGUUUUAUAUGAAUGGGAAGUGUGAGGAAAGGGAAUCAGCAACUGGCUAGAGAGGAUAAGCUGUUCCUGUCUAUCUCGAGACUUCUCAUUGUUGUCUCUCUCAUUGCUAUGCUUUUUUGUUGUUAUUGUUUGCAGUCAUCUUUUCAUUUCUACAAUGCAAAGUUACAAAAAUUGGUUGAAAGUUAUGAUUUUGAAUGGUAAUGGUGACUAUUUUUAAAAGAAGUUGUUUGGUAAAGCUAUGAAUUGUUUUUAAUUCUUGUGGACUCUGAGCUUUGUCAUGGAAGAUUUGAAAAGAUGAAUUUCUGCCAUAAGUUUGAUAAGGUCGGUGCUAUAGAGAGAUUAAGGAAGAAAGAUUGAGUCUGGUUCAUCAUUUUCCUUUUUUUCUUGAGUGUUGUUGCUGCACUGUAAAAUAUUUAAUAUAAAUUAUAUUAAUAUGGCUCUCUGGGCUGAGUUGGUAGGAAGAGAUUUCUAACCGCUCACCUGUGAAGUUCUGUGAUUGUUGUUGCUUUGCCAUCUACAUAAAAUUUCUUGCAAAAACUUUCACAAAGCUGAUGUCCUGAUGUACAUAAAUUGUGUUGUAUUUUUGUCCAACAUCAUGAACCCGUUGUGAAAUGAGGAUCUCAAGCAAGUGGAACUGUAGGCAGCACUGCUGUGUCCUGAAGGGUGCAUUUUUGGUGGAGAGACUGCAUUUUUAGAACAAAAAAAUGUUUUCCCUUGUGUAUAAUACAUACACACGUACUUCAUUCCCCCAAGCUAUAUAUUAUAAUAAUGUUCUCAGCCGUGUUUGUAUUGGUAUAUAUAUAUAUACCGGUAUAUGUAAGUCUUUGAAAUAUCCAGGGAAUCACCUGUUAUUCUCCUGAUAACUUAGAAAAAAAAUGUACAUUCCACUAGAUAUGUAUAUAUAGAUCUCUAUAAACAUAUAUGUUUAAAAAUUUAAAGAAAUGAGGAAUAUUUUUGUAUGAGCGUUACUUCUUUAGACAUUUUGCUUUGUAUGGAAAGAUGUAUAUCAGAUUAAAGUCUUAUCAGUUUACAUUUUAAUUUUCUUUUGCUCUCUGAAGUCUUGAGGAAAAUCUUCAGUUGUGGGUCAACCUUGGUAGGAGCAGUGAAGAGAUGUUUUUGUAAUGAAUGUUAAAAUAGUUUGGGUUGGUUGAUAGUUUCACUGACCUUCUGCUCUGGUCGUUCCUGUACUGUUCAAACGUUUUCUGAAGUAUGAUUGAAGGUUUGUUUUAUCUUCUUGGACGAGAGAUUUGUUAAGAUCAACAAAUUCCCUUGUGUUGAACUACCCUGCAUCAGUAUUUUAGGUGAAAGUAAUGUGGUCUUGUUGUGUUUUUUUUGUACAUAAACAUGCUCACGAAAUGCAAUCUAUUUGCCUCCAGUGCUCAUGCUUUUGAUAUAAUUUCCUUUCUGUUCGAAAUUCCUCAACUUGCAUAUUUUGCCCUUUUUUUUCUCUUGUCAUUGUUUGAUGUCUUUUGAGUGGUGCAAAUUUGUUUCAGUAAAUCUGGAACAAUCUUUUAAUUUUAAGGAACCUUGUUCUGUUUUUUUAGCUGAGUUUCAAGGAAUCUGAGGAAAACUUCUAAAAGAAAGCCGUAAUUGUUUUAGGGGUUUUUUGUUUCUAUUUAUUAGCAUGUGAAAAUGGAAAACCAUCAGUAUAAUGUAAACCGUAGUUAUACAAGAACAGUAUAUUUAGACGCCAAUAGAUGUCACCAAAAAUGAAAGUGAAUGAAUAGUUUUUCAGAGUUCUAUUCCUCGCCUUUUUUAAAAAUUGUUUCCUCAUUGUUGAGCUGUCUUGAUGAGCUAAGUUUAUGAUUCAUUGUAACUUGUGGGGAAGGUUUUUUUGCAUUGGUAGAAUUGGUGGUAGAUCUGGUAUUUGUCCCGUCUUUCUGAGUUUUAUCAUUAGUGUGUCUUGCUUAAGUACUCCACACUCUCUACUGUAACAACCUCCACACCCCUUUUCAGCUCACACAUCAUUUCACUGGCGUCUGUGGUGUAAUGGUUCCGUGCUUUGCCAUUGCAUGCUGAAAACCUGAGUUUGGAUCCCUUGUUGGGAAAUGUUUUAUUGAAUAUCUUUGUCAUUUUGCUGGGACGUAGUAUCCAUCUCAGUCUCAGCCCAGGUUGGUCUUGAGUGAUCUAAAUUGUGUUGAUAGGGGUGUAAAACUAAUAAUAGUAAGUAGCAUUUUUACGUUGCACAUUUCCCCACUCAUCAGCAAGCUUUGUGCGCUGUACACUCUUCUAUAUUAGCCCUGCAGAUCUCAAAACAUUCAUAAACAUUCUCAGCCUCCCGGAAAGCAUACUGGGCUAGCAGUCGAUUAAGCUCUGUAACAUUAACCAGAUGACAAGAUCUUUCUCUGUCAAGAGUUAGGUACCCAUUCCUAUGUGAGUGAAGUUUGUAAAAUUUGUGGUGUUGUUGUUAUCGAUCCAGAGGAAAAUUUGUGUAAAAAGUUUGUCCCAAGGACACAGCGUUAGACCCCUGAUGGUGUUCGAACCCAUGACCUUUCGGUUGUGAGCCUUACAGCCUAAAAACACCUAAAUUGAUUUAGAAAAAAAACCCACACCCUUUCUGUAACGAAUCAACCCCACAAAUGAUUUAUUAUUAUUGUAGGAACUUAAGGUACACAAGUGACUGGGUACAGCUGAAUGAACAGACAUGAUCUACUUAUGUCAUCUCUGGUAUUUGUCCAAUGCCACAAAUUUGUUUCAAUGUUUGCUGCUGUAAAAGCUGAAAACUAAACACUAAAGUGUUGUUAAGGGAAUUUUGUCCCAUUUUUCACUUUGAAAUGUUGCCUGAUAAUGUAAAUAUGUGUGUGUGUAUAUAUAUUUACAUAUAUAUAUGUGUAUAUAUAUGCAGUCAAACCUUUGUAAAACGGCCACCCAUUGUCCAGGAGAAAAGUGGCCGUAUAAUACAGGUGGCUGUCUUAUGCAGGACUGAUCAAAAUGAAGAAAGCUAACCAUUCUCUUCUGAGGUCCAAACCGGGUUAAUCUCAGGCUUUAGACUGCCCUAAGGUUAAUUCAAAAGGGUUUUUGAUAUCUUUUGAAAAGGGGGGGUGGGUGGUGUAAGAAGAGUUUUUCGUGUUGUUUUGUUGGAUUGUUUUUUGGUUAGCUUUCUUUACUUUUAGUUGCUGAUUUUGUGCAAAGGUAAAAAUUAAAAUAAACGAAAUAUAAUUUGGCUAAUUCAAAAGGGUUUUUGUUUUCUUUUGAAAAAGGGAGGUGGCUGGUGUAAGAAGGGUUUUUCGUGUUGUUGUUUUGUUGGUUUGUUUUUUGGUUAGAUUUCUUUUUGUUGCUCAUUUUGUGCAAUUGUAAAAUAAAUGAAAUAUAAUGUAAUGUAAGUAAGACGAUGAAGACUGAGUGCCAUGGUAAGACAAAUACACGGGUCGCCACCACUCGGAGAACAAGCGACGCUUCUGUCGCAGGUUCACGUCAACGUCCAUUGUUACUUUGAUACUGAUUAGAUCAGCAAAACAGUGAUCAGUCACCUCACAUAUGAUUUGUGCAUGAGCUGUGGGCGGGGCUUAUAGGUUAUGACGGAUGACAUGCUUCCCUCACCAGCAGCUGAAAACUUAUUGUUAGGCCUACCCAUUGGUCAACUUGGGUAAACAUUCUUUGGAGGGACUUAUAAUAAUGACAAGUGAAUGGAUUAAGACGCCUGUCCACAGCGUGAGGGGCCGAUUCAAAAUUUAAGACGAAGCGUCGGGCGAUGAGUGACCACGCCUGGUCGUCUGAGGCAAGUAAAGUUGACCGUGGGUUGAUAAAAUAAGGUGGCCACAGCCGCGUUGGACAGGUGACCGUUUUACACAGUUAAAAUAUUUAGAAGAAAACGCAAGGGGGGAAAUGGAAAGUGGCCGUUUGUUCGGGUGGCCGUAUUAUACUGGUAGCCGUCAUGGCAGGUUGGACUGUAUAUUAUAUAUAUAUAUAAUGAGGUUGUAAAAUUAAAUUAGUUCCCCAGCUGCGUCUUUAAUGAACCAGUAAGUAGAAAGUGUGGACGCUGAAGGAUUUCUUUAGCUUACGAUUUGGGUCUAUUCUGAUGAGCAGCACCUUGGAUGUCAUGUAAGUUUAAAGAGGGAUGCUAAACAAAGAAGAAGCAAAGUGAAAUAGUCUAUGUCACAGGUAAUAAAGUUAAGCUGAAAUAAACUUUAAGAUGUAUCACCAUUUCUAUGGCUGGGUAGACUGACUGCAAGUGUGCAAGUGCAAGAUCUGACACAAUAUUGGCUGAAUAUUUAUAUAACAUACUUGAUUAUUGUGGUACUUUUUCAGUUUCAUGUCAUAUCCAUAGCAUGUGUGAAUGAAAGAACCUUUAGACUAGGCUAUCCAUGGGAAAGACACCAUAGAAAUUUACAGGUCUGAUUUAAAUGUAUUGCUGAUGUUGGCUAUGUGCGAAAAUACAGAAAGUUUGAAAGAAUUUGCCCAAAAGUAAACAGUGAGUUUUAGAAUUGUGUAAAUUUCUGUCAUUUUUGCAUUUUCCUCAAAAUUGUGUUUUUAUCAUGACAUACUUUUUAAAGCAUUCUGUAUUUUGAAGUUUUGAUCCCAGGGCUAUGAAAUUUUUACCAGUUUACAUGUAAUUGUAAGCAUCUCUGUGACAGAGGCUUCUGGCUUGACAAAAAUUUAAGUACUUUUAAACAGACAAGUUCGUGAUUGAACAAAAUGUAUUGCUUUUUACUUUUUAUAACAGAUUUAGAUAUUCUGUUCUCAUUCAAAAACUAGAAAAUGUAGUGGAAAAAAAAACUGAUAAAUUUUUUUACAGAAAUUAUAUGUAUGAUGGGGCUGUAUGCAAAAUUUCAACUCAUGGUAAAAACAUUACACUCUUCAAUUUUCUUUGCGUUUGUUAUAACUAUAGGUGUGUUUUGACCUAUGAAUAGUUACAAAACACAAAUUGGAACUUCACAAAAAUGGAUUCUGUUAUCCAAUGAAUUAAAAACAGAUGCAUACAGCUGAAACUAAAAAUGGCCUUAAACAUAGCUUUCUCUCCAUAAAACAUUGCCAGUUUACGUACAAAUAAUCAGUUGUCCUAUUGGUGGAAGACCUUUUAGAGGGAAAACACCAAAAGGGAAAAAAACCAUACUGUUUUUACUCUUUGUCUUCAUUUUUUAUUUUCGUUGUUUUUUAAAAAGAUUUUUUAUUAUGGUUUGUUUGCUUUUUGUGCUUGGCCUAUGAGUGAGUUCAACCCAUGAAGCACAUAGAUCUAUGUUGCACUGAAUAAAAGAGAAGUAAAAGCA